CGAUACACACACCUUCCUAGCCACAUGGAGCUUGCGGGAUGGCCCUGCACGCUCGACACCCCCUGCUGCAGCGCCGGGUGGUGUCGAGGAGCGCCACCGCCCAGCAGAACGGCGUGGCUGCAACCGCGGCGGCCAGCAGCAGCAUUUGGGGGGCGCAGAAGACGAGCGGGCGGACGGGUGACGGCUGAGGCCGGCAGCAAUGGCGUGAAUGGCUUCCACAGGCAGCAGCCCGCCCCAGCCAUCAUAGACCACCUGCAGCAGGACAUUGCAGGACCGGCGGAGCAGCCGGGGGUGUGGACCAAGUUUGUGGCGGAGACGCUGCUGCCGACCAAGCAGGGCAAAUUCCGCCUGCGGGGCUACCGCCACACGGUGGAUGGCGGGCUCACCUACACCGAGCCGUCUGUCAUCAUCGCCGGCCAGCCAGAGGGCCUGGCAGACGUGCCGGUGCGGGUACACGACGCCUGCUUCACAUCCGAGGUGCUGGGCUCGCUCAAGUGCGACUGCCGGGAGCAGCUGGAGCUGGCCAUGGACUUCAUCCGGGACCACCCGCCCGGCAUGGUGGUGUACCUGCAGCAGGAGGGGCGCGGCAUCGGGCUGGCCAACAAGAUCGCGGCCUACGCGCUGCAGGAGAAGGGUCUGGACACGGUGGACGCCAACCGCGCGCUGGGCCUGCCCGACGACUGCCGCGAGUACAGCGCGGUGCGCCACAUCCUGGCCGACCUGCGCGUCUCCUCCAUCCGCCUCAUGACCAACAACCCGCGCAAGCUGGCGGAGCUGGCGGGGCUGGGCAUCCCGUUGACGGGGCGCAUCCCGUGCCAGGUGCAGGCGCAGAAGUACAACGCGGCGUACCUCUCCUCCAAGCACCGCCGCAUGGACCACCUGCUCAACCCGGCCAUGUACAGCAGCGGCGACGAGGAGGCCGAGGAGCCGGCGGGGCAGUUCUGCUACUGGGACCACGAGGUGUGUGGGGCGGGGCGGCCUGCUGGUCUGGGCGGCGGGGAAGGAGAGUGGGCGCGGGGCUGGGGCGGGGAGGACUGGCGAAGGAGGUGCGCAGGUUCUGGGCCAGCGCUCGGCAUGCCAGGGGCCUUGCCCGCAGGGCAGAGGAGCGCGGCUUGGCUGCAGGGCAGCCAGGCGCAAUGCGUGGCCUGCCUGGGCGCGUGCGCCUGA